AUGAGCCAGCAGAGUAUACCACAGCAACCGCAUUUUGUAGGCGCAGGGGCAAAUGCAGCACCUGGAACAGUAGCCGCAGAUGAUGUUGGCACAUUCAAUGGAGGAAGUUUCCGUGUGAGCCACAGGGAUACCAAUACGAUUCUCACUAUACAACUGGCAAUGGGGUGUCCAUUUACCGUGAAACCCGGCGCUAUGAUCGCAAUGUCACCCACCAUGACACUAAAAGGCAACGUCAAGUUCUCGCUCAAGAAAGCCCUAAUUGGCGGCGACAUGACCAAAUCCACAUACACUGGCCCGGGAGAAUUGCUCCUGGCACCUCCUGCAAUUGGCGACAUCACCAUCAUCAAGCUCGGCGGCAACGAUACGUGGAGCGUGGGGCGUGACGCUUUUCUCGCAUGCACCCAGGGCAUAGUGACCGAGUAUAAGAGCCAGGGUAUAGGCAAAGCCAUGUUCAGCGGCGAGGGAUUCUUCGUGUACAAGAUUAGUGGUACGGGAAUCCUAUGGUGCACCAGUUUUGGUGCCAUUAUCAGGAAAGAUCUUGCCGCCAACGAGAAAUACAUCAUCGAUAACGGACACCUCGUGGCGUGGAAUUGCAAGUACGUGCUUGAGCGCGUGGCGAGCGGCGGUAUCGUGAGUAAUUUAGCGUCGGGCGAGGGUAUGGUGUGCAAGUUUACGGGCCCGGGUACGGUGUUUAUGCAGACGAGGAAUGCGACGGCAUUUGCGCAGUUUAUGGCUUCUCAUGCUGCGGCAUAG